CCGUCGCAAAGGCCAUUCCAGGCGGAGCCUGCGGCCGCCUCCCUGCCGUUGGGUAUCCUUUCCUGCCGGGAAGGAGGGCGAGCGAGAGCUCGCGCGGGCCUCUUUUUCUUUUCUCGUCCGGACUGACGAUGCAGAGGCAGUUUUGCGCGCCGUUCUCUUCUUUAUUCCCGCUGCUUUUUCUAUUGAGCAAAACACCGCCCAAAGCCCUGUCCUCUGUGAUCCCUACAACUGAUUGCGGAACAAGGCCAGUUGUGGAUGACAUAGUAACAGGAACACGAAUUGUUGGUGGACUUGAUGCUCAGCUUGGCGGAUGGCCAUGGCAAGUUAGUCUUGAGCUUUAUCAUUUUGGUAAAGGAUUUCUUCAUGUAUGUGGUGGAUCGUUAAUUAAUCACAACUCGGUGUUGACAGCUGCACACUGCAUUAAAGAAUGGACGGUCGCUUCAUUUUGGAGAGCUGUGAUUGGAUUGCAUCAUAUUUCUAGAUACCACGUCCAUACCAGAAAGAGCCGGAUCAGGGCUAUCAUUAUGCAUUCCAGUUUUAAUAAGAUUACCUUUGACAAUGACAUUGCCUUGUUCAAACUGAUGGAGUCUAUCAAAUUCAAUCAGUUUAUCCAGCCCAUCUGUAUACCUGAUGUUCCUGUGGCUCUAAAUGUUGAGACACCAUGUUUUAUAACUGGAUGGGGACAGACAACAGAAAAAGAGAGAGAGACAGAUGUAUUACAAGAAGCACAGGUUGAUAUUAUUCCAUUAUCAACUUGUAAUAGACAUGACUGGUAUGCAGGAAUGGUGAAGGACAACAUGCUUUGUGCUGGCUCUGAAAAAGGAGGAAUUGAUGGUUGUCAGGGAGACAGCGGUGGUCCUCUUACGUGCUAUAUGCCAGAUCUCACCAGGUACUAUCUGGUAGGGAUCAGCAGUUUUGGUUAUGGUUGUGGCCGGCCGAGAUUGCCAGGAGUCUAUCUGCAAACAGGUUUUUACAGAAAGUGGAUACAGUCUCAAGUUAUUUUAUUCGACAAAGCUAUGACUAUGAAGGCGGACCCUAAGGCAAAGUGGAAGCUGGCGACAGCUCCGCAUAAUGGCAAGAAUCUGUUUGACGAGGUACUGGACCUGAUUCUUAUCAAAGAUAAGAAUAAAUGUAAGGUUUUGCCUGCCACGACUAAGAAGCAGGAACAUUGGUUUACACCUUACAUACAUAGGUCUACAUAUAGAGGUUCGGAUAAUAAUUAUCAUUAUCAGUCUAGGGGUUUUCAGCCACGCCAGGAUAAGGCACUUGUAGCACACAGCCACGUCCUGCUGCUGACAGUCAACAUGGCCACAAAGGGACAUGUUAACAUGCAGGAAGGGAUGCAUUCCAAGGCCCUCUGGGAGGAGUCUCAGAGGCUGGGCUGUUGGGUGGAGAAAGACCUGCUGCCAUCAAGGUGGAACACAUCUCUGGAGAAGCGAACCAGCAGGCGGACUGGCUCAUCAGGACCAUAG